CCAGCUGAGCUCCAGGUCCAGAGACCGACCGGAGAGCUCUGCGGGUUUUUCACAGAUCAGCAAAGCGAGGAAAAAGAAAAAGAGAGAAAAAAGUUUUCGCGCGUGGACCUGCGGUGCGGCUUCUGUCAGCAACAGCAGCUUCCAGCCCCAGCCGGUGUAAAGAGGGGGUGGUGUGGGUGUCUCUUCUGCGGGUAAGAGGCUGUGCAAUCCUCGGCAGUGUUCUGAGACUGUACGGCUCCCGAUCCCGAUCACCGUGAGCCUGGUGGACUAACCUAACCUACAGGGUUUUAAUGACAUGAUCUGUCAGAGGACUUCUGACCCGCGCACAUCGAUAUAAUAAAAAACCUACAGGUGUUACUUCUUUUGACUUCUAAAGUCGGACUUAACCUAGACUGUCGGGGAAUUACAACAGCAGAUAAAAACAUGACGGCCGAUAAGGAUAAAAAGAGGAGCAGCUCGGAGCGGCGUAAGGAGAAGUCUCGGGAUGCAGCUCGCUCCAGGCGCAGCAAAGAGACGGAGGUUUUCUAUGAGCUCGCUCACCAGCUGCCUUUACCCCACAGCGUUAGCUCUCACCUGGACAAGGCCUCCAUCAUGAGGCUGGCUAUCAGCUCCCUGCGCACACGCAAGGUGCUCGCCACAGGCUGUAGCAGCAGCAGCAGCAGCAGCAGCAGCAGCAGCAGCAGCAGCACCAGCAGCAGUGGCGGUGACGAUGGCGGUGACGAUGACGGACAGAUGGACAGUCUGUACCUGAAGUCUCUGGAGGGCUUCAUCACCAUGGUAACAUCCGACGGCGACAUGAUAUUCCUGUCCGAGAACAUCAGCAAAUUCAUGGGGCUCACGCAGGUUGACCUCACUGGUCACAGCAUCUUUGACUUCACACAUCCAUGUGACCACGAGGAGAUCCGAGAAAAUCUCAGCCUGAAGACAUCUGGCAGCGGCUUCGGUAAAAAAGGCAAAGACCUGAGUACUGAGCGAGACUUCUUCAUGAGGAUGAAAUGCACGGUGACCAACAGAGGACGCACCGUCAACCUCAAGUCAGCCAGCUGGAAGGUGCUGCAUUGCACCGGACACCUGAAGAUGUACAACAGCUGUCCUCCGCGCGUGCUGUGCGGCUUCACAGAGCCCCCGCUCACCUGCGCUGUCCUGAUGUGCGAACCCAUCGCGCACCCGUCCAACAUCGACACACCGCUGGACAGCAAGACCUUCCUGAGCAGACACAGCAUGGACAUGAAGUUCACCUACUGUGACGGGAGGGUAUCGGAGCUGAUGGGAUACACUCCUGAGGACCUGCUGGGUCGCUCGGUCUACGACUUUUACCACGCACUGGACUCAGACGGCGUCACCAAGAGCCACAACAACUUGUGUUCCAAGGGCCAGGCAGUGAGCGGUCAGUAUCGCAUGCUGGCUAAGAACGGAGGCUACGUCUGGGUAGAAACCCAGGGAACUGUUAUUUAUAACAGCCGCAACUCCCAGCCCCAGUGCAUCGUGUGCAUAAACUAUGUCCUCAGUGACAUCGAGGAGAAGUCGAUGAUUUUGUCCUUGAAGCAGACAGAGUCCCUGUUCAAACCACACCGCAUGAGCAGCUUCUUCACUGCUGGAGGUGCGGGUGUGACCGGAGAGCCGGGAGAAGCCCUCUUCCAGAAACUAAAAGAGGAACCGGAGGAGCUCACCGAGCUGGCUCCGACACCUGGAGACACAAUCAUCACCCUGGACUUCGAUGGCCCUCAGUUCGAGGAGCCCCAGCAGCCUGCAGGAUACACCCAGGUGUCUGCCGCAGCUAUGCCCCCUCUAGGACCUACUUCCUGGGCCAGCGAGAGCCACAAGCCUGCCCCUCCGGCAUCAGUUCCAAGGGACAUGGCUAACAUGGCCGGUGCAUUCACCGUGCAGCAGAAUCCGCCACCGGGCAGCGCCACUCCGAGCCUCAGUAGCUGCUCCACGCCCAGCAGCCCAGGUGAUUACUACAGCUCAGUGGAGAGUGACCUGAAGGUGGAGCUGACUGAGAAGCUCUUUUCUCUGAACACAAAGGGAAACACACCUGCAAACACCGAAAGCAACUUGAGUGACUUAGACCUGGAGACGUUGGCUCCUUACAUCCCGAUGGAUGGCGAGGACUUCCAGCUGAAUCCCAUCAUCACAGAGUCCGAGCCCCUAGAGGGGGGUCCAGCGGGAUCCAUUGGGAGCAAAAGCGGCCUGCCCAAAACACAACAGCCCACCCAAAAGAGCUUCAGCAACAUCGCCAGCCUCUUCCAGCCCCUGUCUCCCCCUCCUCAGCCACAAGGCCACUACCAGCACCAGGCAGCUGCGUCCUGGGCCGCAGGGGAGAAGAGAGGCUCCAGCCAGUUAGCUGUGGACUCCCGUGCAGGGUCUUGCAUAAUGGGGCACAUGCAGAAUCCUCCAUUCCAGGCUUCAGCAAGCACCCCUCUGUCCUCCAUAAGUGGCAGGCAGAAUCUGCAGUGGCCACCGGACCCUCUGAUAACGUACCACCAACAACAACAAGCCACCAAGGCGUACCUGAUGGACCAUUUGUCUGGAGAGGAGCGCCCGUCCUGCCAACAGAACAUGCCACACCUCAUGCAGAAACAGAGGUCCAUUGACAACUUUGUGCAAGCCUACAGAGACAUGAGUCCAGCCAGAGUGGCCAACAGUAUCAAGCGCUCCUUCACUCAGAUGGCUGUGGAUGAACGUACGCCUUCAGAACUCAUAUGGAAGAAGAUGAGGGGUGACACUUGUGCCGCCAUGGAUCGCUCCCUCAGCGCAGGAUCACUGACAGAGAUGGGCAGGAUGAUGCCCGGCAGCAUGUCUUCAUGUCUCAGCUCUGUGCAGCAACACCGGAAGUGUCAGUAUCCAGGAAACAGGAUAGGUGAGGGUAUCGCUAGCCGUCUGCUGGGCCCUACGUUUGAGUCCUACUGUCUGCCGGAGUUGACCCGCUACGACUGCGAGGUCAACGUCCCGCUGCAGGGCAGCCUGUACCUCCUCCACGGCUGUGACCUGCUGAGAGCCCUGGACCAGGCCACCUAGAGCCCUCAGAUUCAAAACCUGCCUUAGACCCGGACUUAUUCCCAACCCUAAGCCUCAGUCUGUAGCCCAAGACUAAGCCUUUCUUUACCUUCAUACCUCUGAGCCUUCUGAGAGCCCUUGGGGCUAAGCUACCUUUAGGGAAUGGUAUUCAUAACCACAUCCUGCCUUAUUUAGCUUGUAUGGCUCAGCCCACACUACUGUUCCCUGUCCCUUUAUAGAUCUGUACCUAGACCAUCUAAGCAAGCUGAGAUAUCAGGGUCACGGCCUUUUUCCUCUUGACUCAAAUCAGAUACAGGUUGAACACCAGUGUACAAAAGUUGCCCUGCAUUGAGCCAACCACAUAGAUGACCCACAUACAUAUAUAUUAACAUGCGUCAGUUGGUGAAAAAAGGUCAACGCGGGACAAUUAACAGAGUAAAAAUAAUGCAACACUCUGUCCGCGUCAAAAGGUCUUGACACCGGGAUCGUCGGGGUUUGGCGUAGACGUCUCUGUGUUCAGAAGCACCGGCUGAACUCGGGUCUUUGGUGAAAAAUGAGUAUUUGUGGCAUCGGGAUUCAAACGUUGAACCGGCCCGGUCUCCGUCACAGACCUCCACCCUGAUAUGAACUCUAUGCAGCUCAGUUCCCAGACCUACCUUCUCUUUAGCAGCUAACCCACUAGCUCAGAGGAGAGGUACUAUACUACCUAGACUACACUGUGUUCUUUCACUUUGAAUAUCUAACCAGCAAUUAAACCCAGCCGAGUUCUUAGUCUCUGUCAAAGUCAAAGUUGGGUAUCAUGAACUUGUUCUGAAUUGUAGCCAUGUUUAGAUUUAAAACAACCAAGAAUUUGUUUUUAAAUCAUUUCUCUCUUUAAAGCUUUAUCUUAUGAUUGAAAAGAUAAAGCUCCCAAAAAUCCCAAAUCACCUAUAUUAGGAUGUCCGACUGAAGUCAAAAUAACAUUUAACUUGUACAUGACAACACAGAGAAUAUUUCUUUCGUCACGUUUAGCUUACCUCGGCUUGAGUUAAGACAGACGCACUCAAACGGGCAUUAACCUGCCUGUUCUUGCCUGAAUCCAUCCCACCUGAGUCACCGUAACAUCUCCAUCAUCUGCUCUGUUUAAAUAUCAAAGUAGUGCAGUUUGAUCAUUCAGGAGUCUGUUUCACGGUAGCAUUACUUCUGCUUGAGUCAACUGUAAUGACAUAUGCAUUAUAUUGUUAUUUUACUUAUUAUAAUAACUCUAUUUUUCUGCUAUAGAACUCAGAUAUUUUAGCUUUUAUCAGAUGUCCCCAGGUUAUUGCAUCCUAAUCAACAGGAAAUACCAAUACUGCUUUACUUUUCCUCAUUUAUUUUUUUCAUGUUGUUAUUCGACCAGAUUCUUUUAUUUCUCGGGUCAAACUCACUUCACAUAUAUUACAAUACAUGUAUUCUACUGUAAGUUCUUUUUUAACUUCUCUUCUUAAAUCUGUCCUUUAUUUAUCCAAAUGUGUUUUUCUCUCGCUUGAUUUUCUCAGUCAGCUAAGUAGCUUGUGUGACUACAGGGUUUUUCUCCUAUUGUGCAAUUAUUUAAUUGAGCUAAAGCUUAUAUAGUCAGCAGCAAAGCUUGCCUUAUUCACCACACCGAUAGCUUGCGCAAAGGAUCUGACUUGCAUACACAGUAGUAGUUCAUGUGAUUACAUAUUGUAGACUUGCACACACACUUCACGCGAUCCAUACAAACCAGUGGUGUGCACAGACGAUCUAAGGAGCAGGGGUGGGAAGGAAAAAGGGGGCACCUCUUGUGAAUGAAAGUUUUACUUUAAGCUUUAAUUGUUGCCCUUAAUAGAUCACAUAUUUUAGGCUUUGUAACUAGAGAUCAAUUAUAUAUUAGCUUAUUUUGCAGAACUUGGUCACAUGUACUUUUUCUACCAUUCCAGGCCAGCCAUUGGUUUCCAUUCAUUUCUAAUACAUUUCUACAGGAAACAAAGUGUCUACACCACAAAAACAUAGUUUGCAGAAUGGUUAGCUGUAAUGUAAAGUAUGCAAGCUUUGUAGUAAAUGGGCUAAAACUUUCUUUUAGCUAACCGGAGUAUAUUUGGGGGUAUGUGAAGGGCAUUUGAGCCACAGGAGCUGAUCAGAGAUGCACUAAGAGGGCUCGAAAGAGCACUUUGGCUGAUCCGACGGACGAUUGGCCAAUCAGAUUGCCACUUGCGUAGGUUCUAGUAACCUCAGUUGCCCCUUUGUUGUUAUAUUAGCGAGAAAAUUAAUCAUCUCCUAUUUAAAAAAAAAAAAAAGGCCUUUUAAAUAAAGAAGGGCAGCAGAGGUUGCUCCCCUCACCCUCUUUGCACACCACACCACUGCACAAACCAAUCAGUCUGAAGUUGAUGGCAGCAGCAACUGCAUAAGCACUUACCCAUUCAGACUAUACAUAUGUACAGAGGAGCAGCAGCCUUAGUUCCAGUGCAGUACAGCAGCCUGUGAAGUGACUUGAAGUGUAUGUAUUAUUCUGUAUGGUUAGGACAAGGCCAGUUUAUAUUGUAAUUCACGACAUGGAGUGGCUGCCAAUAUCAGAAAGCUUUGACACAGACUAGUAUGAGUAUACCUAAUACACUAUGAACUAGGAGUAAGGUCAGAGUUUUUAUUUUCAGACUACAAACUGUAAUUUUCACCCAAAUGAUGUCAGUAAUCUCACCGACAGUAUGUGCUCUGUGGCGGCACGUUAACCAUUGUUCUCUGUUCUCUCCUUUCCUGUACACUCAAAGUAUUUUUUCUUAAUCUCACUCUAUUUUUUGAGGUAAUCCUCUUUGUGUGGUGACCACUUAUUAAGAGAAUGAGUUAUAGAUCUUUGUUCACAUAUCCGUUACGUAUUUAAAGACAACUGAUGUUGAAGAUAGUGUUUUUAGUGUUUGUGUUCUGGUACUUUGUCCUUAUCUACCCCCAUAGAUGCAGAUGGAUCAGAUCCCUCGCUGUGCAGUUUCCUCUCGUGCUGUUUCUGUGUUGUGGAAUUUUUUUUCCCCUCCAGGGUUUUAGCCUUAAAUAUCCUAUCGCUAAAAUAUCUAUUGGGUCUGUUGGCUGGGCAAUGCUGUUUUUUUGUUCUUGCUUUAAGACAAUAAAACUAAAAACAACAGGAAAAAAGUUCAGAUAAAAAAAUGAAUCGGUUUCACUUUUCAAAUAUGUAGCAUUUUGAAUAUUGUAAAGAAGGUGAAGUUGCCACAUAAUUAAUCAUAGUUUUUGAGUUGCAUAUAUAAAAGAAAUUGUGCUUCAUAGACAUGUAUGUGUCAUUUUUCUAGACUUUGUAUAACAUCCCUUGGAUCCUAACUCUAUAUUUUGAUGUCGUGCUGACAUUUUCUUUAAAGUCUAAAGAUUUUGAAUCCUUAUAAUGUGCCUUAUGUUUGUCCCACAUACUGAGUUUGCCCUUCAAGAGCACAGUUAACUUCCUUUGACUCUGGAGUCUAUUGUCGAAUAAAAUCCCAACUUGACGGAAUCUGAACACCUUAACAGUUAACAACCAGCUAGUAUUUGUUGUGUCCACUUAACUUUUGUACAUUGGAACACAAUGUCACAGUUGGGAUGAUUUUUCUUAUAAUAACCUCAGGUUUUGUCGUCAACAUCUCCUUAAUAUCCUCCUCUGAAGCAUUCAUUUAGAUCCAGAUAGAACAGCAGCCUGGCAGAAACACAUUAGAACCCAUUGUAGAUCCCCUGGUGAUAACAAGUUCACAUUGGUGAAAGGUUUUUAAGGGAAGGGAUUCCCCAGCUCAUCAAAACAACAUUUUUUUGUUGAUGAAGCUGCUUUUAAACUUUGGUUUGGUUGAGAGAGAUUUGACUUUACAGUAAAAGUUCUCCGGGGAGGGUGAAAGGUCAGAGGGGGACGGCAGUGACAAAGUUUGCAGAUUGCUUGACACACGUGUCGAGAGUCCAUUACAGUCACUCUGCAAACCAAAUUUGCAUGACUUUUAUCUUUAUAAAUAAAUAUACAGGCUGCACAGUUUGCCUUAAAAAAAUGGGGAAGGCAACAUGAUGAUGCAGAUGUUUAGAAAGGCUAUAACCAAAUCUGUUUCAGUGUUUAAACUGAAAGGACGUAUGUAUGAAAGGACAUAUGUAAAGCUGUCUGGCAGUGACUAAAAUGCUAUUACAACUAACGAUAAUAAGUCCAAAUCUAUGAAUAUUAACUCCAGGUUGUAGAAGAGUAAAUCAAGCCAGCUAAACCACAUGAUGUUUGAUAGGACUGGAUAUUAUCAUCAUCCUGAGAGGGGAUGUGGUCAGAGAAAGAGUUUGAGAAGUUAUGAAGGAGGAACGAAAAGAAGUGAUGUCGACUUGAAAGACACUAAAAGAGAGAGAUAGAUCCUGCUCAGCCUGCCCACUGAUGCAUAUCUCCUCAACUCCUCCACUCGACAUAUAACUCAUCUGUUACUACUCUCACUCCCCCUCUACCUUCACUUUCUUGUAAGACUCAAAAGCCAAAUUUGGUUUUCUCUCCUGAUCUGUCAGCAAUUACUUUAGGUAAGAGGGCAUUCUUAUCACUGCUCAAAUUCAGAGUUCUUCCUUUUUCAAUGUUGAAAGCAAAUUGAGAUAUUCCUAUUUGCAGGAUUAUGUAUAGUAUUAAAUAUGUUCUGUAUAAUGAUCAAUUAUAAUAAUGAAAGUUGGUUAGAUUACAGAAAAGCACCUUAAAGCAUGUUCAAAGCACCUUUUAAAUCAUUAUGUUCACUACGAUUUACGGAGUAUAAAAGUACAUUUUUGAAGACCAAAGAGUUUUUAGGCUGAACAUGUUUAAUGUUCUGAAACGAUGCGCCUGGAGGAAGAAAAGCACAUCAGAUGGACUUUAUUAACUGAUGAGAUUUGAACUAGAUUGGGUUAUUGUAUGUGGAAAGAGUUGGCUAGAUGGAAGUCGAUUUUAGAAAUAAAAAUCUAGGCAGAGGGGAGGUCCCGCCACCGUUUUAGGAUAGCUUCUGCUCCGCUAGCUUCGACCUGAAAUUUUAGAAUUGUUUAAAAAUGCCAAAUUUAUACAACCAGUCAUUUUAACAAAGAUUAAACAUAUUUUGUUAGGUUUUUUUGAAAUACACCUCAGUGAGUCUUAAAGCUUCUUAGGAGAUGUAGUUAUGUAUUCUGACUGUUUUAUCUUUGCGAAAAUGAAAACAAGUCAAAAUUCGGUUAUCUUGGAAUAUGGAUAGUCGACCGGAGGAGCAGGUGUCAAGAAGACAAAAUAGAGAAAACUCUCUGAGAGAAAAAGCAAAUGCUAGAAGCACAGAUGCUAACCAAAAAAUGGGCGGGGCUUAAUCUCUCUAUUUAAACCCUAGAAGGCUUAUCACCAGUCCUAGUGCUCAACAUGCUGUGCUGCUUGAAGGGUUCCCCCCCCCCCCAAAACAAAAGUGACAAAACAUGUCAUGAGUUGAUCCACUCAUUCAUUGCACCUCCUCUUUAAAGAAAAUAUCAGCAUUUUGUGUCUCAUGUGACAACAGGGUUUUUUUGUUUUUCCUUAUGGGAUCCAUGUUUAGCAACUUGUAUUCUGUUUUUGUCGAUGUCAUACAGUACAGUUAUAUUAGCUGAUCAAUGAUCUGCAUUUUUUUUAUAUGCUAAAAAUCCGUAUUGAUCUUAUUAUUAUCAUAUAUUGUUAUCAAUGGUAUUACUAUAUGGGGAAUUUAACCCGAUAAGAAGUUUGUGUUUAUGCACUGAUAUCUUAUUAUUAAAGCAUACUGAUCUUACCCUCCCUCA